UUUUUUUUUUUUUUUUUUUUUUUUUUUUUUUUUUUUUAAUGCUAUUAAAACAAUCAAGUCUAUUAAAACAAUUAAACCACUGUAGAUUUUAUGGAACAAAGACAAGAGGAUAUGAAUUUUAUGAAAACAUCCUGGGAUCACCAAAAUAUAUAGUUGGUCCAAUGGUAGAACAAUCUGAACUUGCUUUUCGAAUAUUAUGUCGACGAUACAAUGCUCAUUUGUGUUAUACACCCAUGUUUCAUGCUAGAUUAUUCAGUGAUCCUGAUCAUGGUCAUAAAUAUCGCAUGGAUCAAUGGUCCACUAAUCCAGAAGAUCGACCUUUGAUUGUGCAGUUUUGUGCUAAUGAUCCUAAUAUAUUAUUAAGAGCAGCAAAGAUGGUUGAGGACCAAUGUGAUGCAGUUGAUCUUAAUCUAGGAUGUCCACAACAUAUAGCGAAAAAAGGGAAAUAUGGAUCUUUUUUACAGGAUGAAUGGGAAUUGAUCUACAAGAUGAUCUCCACAUUAGAUCGAGAAUUAAAAAUACCAGUAACAGCCAAGAUUAGAAUAUUUGAAAGUAAAGAGAAGACAGUAGAAUAUGCAAAGAUGCUGGUCUCAGCAGGAGCACAAUUGAUUACAGUACAUGGACGGCUACGAGAACAGAAGGGGCAUUUAACAGGACUCGCAGAUUGGACGAAGAUUAGAGCAGUAAAAGAAGCAGUGAAAGAUAGAGUACCUGUGAUAGCGAAUGGUAAUAUAUUAUAUCAUAACGAUUUAAAAGACUGCUUAUUACAGACAGGAGCAGAUGGUGUUAUGAGUGCAGAAGGACUGUUAUAUAAUCCUAUGCUUUUCGAUGAUAAAAGAAAGAUACCACCUAUAUCAUAUGAUGUAGCCAUAGAAUAUUUAGAUAUUUGUAAGCAACUAAGGCCUAAAAUAAUAACAAGACCUGGUAUCAUAAAAGCCCAUUUAUUUAAAUUCUUUCAUACAUGUCUUCCCAUCUUUACUGAUUUAAGAGAACAAUUAGCAAAGUCAUAUACCUUGGAAGAAAUGGAGAUAAUUACAUUAGAAUUAAAAAAUAGAUUAAUACAACAAAAGAUAAGAGUAGAAGAGUAUUUAAUGAACAAUAAUGAUAUUUUACUAUGUCAGCCUAAAAUAAGAAAAUAAUCCUCAGUAAUGAAGAUAAAGACAUAAUAAAGUGAUGAAUCAGAUACUGACUAUUGAAAAAUAAAGAGUCUUUUUAUUCGAAAUGCACUUUAACUGAGUCAUUUUUAUGGAAGCAUUGCUACUCCUAGUGUGUGUGUGUGUAUACUGAAUCCAUACAUUUGGAUGUCAUGCUCUCAUCUUGUGUCAGUUUCUGCAUUACCAUUCCAC